UGAAAGUUUCACGAUUUUCUCGUGUUUUUGUUGACUGCCAAUUUUGGUCGUGCCUCAACGCCUUGCUUUGAUUACUCAACCUUCGCGCGUGCUUGAUACCCUCGUGGGUGGUUAGUGUUCGGUCGGCAGGUUGCAAAUUUCAAGCAUGGCUCGAAAAUUCCUUUACGCGAUUUUAGCCAUCUGCGCACUCACUGAGGUCCGAGCAGAAACAUUGUACUCCGUAUCUGGCUACGCUUUUCCGCAAGGCGUGUCCACGACCAACCCGAUCGGAAUGGUGAGCGCCCUGCAACAGACUCUCAACAGCCACUACAACAUGCUGCCCGCCUCUGCGCACACCGCCGCCUACGACCGCGCCAAACAGGUAUUCGAUAUUGCGGCCAGCCGCGCGGCUCAGAUCAACACAGCCCUCCCGCCGAUGCCCCAGCUCAACACAGCCAACCUCCCCACGAUGCCCCAGAUCAACACGGCCAACUUCCCCUCGGUGUCCCAGUUCAGCACGGACAAACUCCCGCCGAUGCCCCAGCUCAACACGGCUUACUUCCCCUCGGUGUCUCAGUUCAGCACGGACAAACUCCCAUCGAUGCCCCAGCUCAACACGGCCAACUACCCCUCCAUGUCCCAAUUCAGCACGACCAACAUCCCAUCGGUGUCUCAGCUCAGCACGGCCAAAGUCCCCACAUUGUCGCAGCUCAACACAUCGGAUGUCCCCACAAUGCCUCAGCUCAACACAGUCAAUGUCCCCACGACGUCUCAACUCAACGCGGCCCUCCCGUCGUACACCGCGGAGAAUAAGCUCAACACAGUCAAUGUCCCCACGAUGUCUCAACUCAACACGGCCCUCCCGUCGUACACCGCGGAUAAUAAGCUCAACACAGUCAAUGUCCCCACGAUGCCUCAACUCAACACGGCUCUCCCGUCGUACGCCGCGGACAAUAAGCUCAACACAGCUCUCCCGUCGUACCCCGCGGCGACUCAGCUCAACACAGCCCUUCCGUCGAUCCCUUCGGCAACUCAGCUCAACAUGGGCCUUCCGUCAUUCUCUGCGAAUCAAUUCUACACGGGCAACAUGCCGUCCGUGCCCGAGGUGGUCCGCCCGUCGAAUUACGACAUCGCUCAGUUGACGAACGGCCUUCCGCUGGCGCUCAAGCAGCUGCUCAACAUCGUGCAGUACGUGAGGAGCGUCUGCCCGCUCUGCCAGUCCAUCGACAGGGCCGUCGCUGCCGGCGGGAUCCCCAGGGGCUCCUACGCCGUGGACGGCGCCGGUCGCAUCUACCGCGAGCAGGGCCAGAGGAUCGUCCCCUCCAACUACGCCAUCGAUGGAUCCAGGCUCGUCGAUGUAUCCACCGGAGUGACCAUCAUCUCCGUUUAUUGACGUCAUCACUGAGCUGCGGACCGAUUAUUGAAAUUGGUAGACAAAGCUAUAGACAAA